AUGUAUCGAUUCAGCAACACGGUGAUCGGGUUCUUGAACCUGUUCACGCUCAUAGCCUCGAUCCCGAUCAUCGGCGGCGGGCUGUGGAUGGCGAGAAGCAGCACGACGUGCGAGAGCUUCUUGCAGACGCCGCUGCUGGUGGUGGGGUUCGUGGUACUGGUGGUGUCUUUGGCGGGGUUCAUUGGUGCUUGUUUUAACGUUGCGUGGGCGCUAUGGGUUUACUUGGUGGUUAUGUUGGUUCUAAUUGCGACGCUUAUGGGCCUGACGAUUUUUGGGUUUGUGGUUACUGGGCCUGGCGGUGGAGUGGAGGCGCCUGGUGGGAGGGUGUAUAGAGAGUACCAUUUGGAGCAAUAUUCGGGUUGGUUGAGGAAGAGGGUUAAGGAUCCGAGGUAUUGGGUUACUAUUAGGAGCUGUGUUUUGGGGUCUAAAACUUGUGCUAAGCUUGCUUCUUGGACUCCUCUUGAUUAUCUUGAAAGAGAUAUGACCCCGAUUCAGUCAGGUUGUUGCAAGCCGCCAACGGCGUGCAACUACGACAUGAUGGCGGCGGGGGCGGUGGUGGCUCAGGAUCCCGAUUGCUACCGGUGGAACAAUGCCCCUAACUUGCUGUGCUACGAGUGCGACUCUUGUAAGGCGGGUGUCCUUGAGGACAUUCGAAGGGACUGGCACAAGCUCUCCGUCCUCAACGUCGUCGUUGUCGUCCUCCUCAUCGGCGUUUACUCUGUCGGCUGCUGUGCCUUCCGUAACACCAAGAGGGCCGAGACCGACUACCCUUAUGGUCACAACCGGAUGACCAAAGUUCGACCAAGAUGGGACUACUAUUGGUGGAGAUGGUUGCAUGACAAGAGAGAACAACUUUAUUAAGAUAGAAGAAAUAUUCCCCAUUUCUUCACUUUUUACUUACUUUUUUUAUUUGUAUAAACUUUUUUUUUUUUUGGCUAGUUUUUCAUUUCCCUAUAUAAAGAACGACUUUUACCUUUUUACCUCAAA